AUGAAGUUAUUAGAGAAAAAUUAUCUCUGGAUAUUGCUUUCAUUACUUCAUUUGAUAGCACAUGCUGCAGAACAUGAAGAAGUAGCAAAGCAUGCAAUUAAGUUACAUCGAGGAAAAGGAGCCGCUAUUACUCAGAGAAGACAGUGGGUCCUUGAUAAUUGUAGAAAGCUGUCUGGGCUUCUUCGCCAAAAGAAUGUGGUUCUUAACAAACUGAAAAAUGCAAUCAGAGCAGUGGAAAAAGAUGAUGGACUCUCGGAUGAAGAGAAAUUGUUUCAGGUGCACACAUUUGAGAUUUUUCAAAAAGAGCUGAAUGAAAGUGAAAAUUCAGUCUUUCAGGCUAUCCAUGGACUCCACCGAGCUCUGCAGGGAGAUUACAAAGAUGUUGUAAACAUGAAAGAAAGUAGCAGGCAGCGAUUGGAGGCUUUGAGAGAAGCUGCAAUAAAGGAAGAGACAGAGUAUGUAGAACUUUUGGCAGCAGAAAAACAUCAAGUUGAAGCCCUUAAAAAUAUGCAGCAUCAAAACAAAAGUUUAUCCAUGCUUGAUGAAAUUCUUGAAGAUGUAAGAAAGGCAGCAGAUCGUUUAGAGGAGGAGAUAGAAGAACAUGCUUUUGAUGACAACAAAUCAGUAAAAGGAGUCAAUUUUGAGGCAGUUCUCAGGGUGGAAGAAGAGGAAGCCAAUUCCAAACAAAAUAUAACAAAACGAGAAGUAGAAGAUGAUUUAGGUCUUAGUAUGCUAAUUGACUCCCAAAAUAACCAGUAUAUUUUGACCAAGCCCAGAGAUUCAACAAUCCCACGUGCAGAUCACCACUUUAUAAAGGACAUUGUUACCAUAGGAAUGUUGUCUUUACCUUGUGGUUGGUUAUGCACAACAAUAGGAUUGCCUACAAUGUUUGGUUAUAUUAUUUGUGGUGUACUUCUUGGACCAUCAGGAUUAAACAGUAUUAAGUCUAUUGUACAAGUGGAGACAUUAGGAGAAUUUGGUGUGUUCUUUACUCUUUUUCUUGUUGGCUUAGAAUUUUCUCCAGAAAAACUGAGAAAGGUGUGGAAGAUAUCCUUACAAGGACCAUGUUAUAUGACCCUAUUAAUGAUUGGAUUUGGCUUAUUGUGGGGACACUUGUUACAGAUCAGAGCCACUCAGAGUGUCUUUAUUUCUACUUGUUUAUCCUUAUCAAGCACACCUUUAGUGUCCAGAUUCCUUGUGGGUAGUACUCGAGGUGAUAAAGAAGGUGAUAUUGACUAUAGCACUGUGCUGCUUGGUAUGCUAGUGAUGCAAGAUGUACAGCUUGGAUUAUUUAUAGCUGUUAUGCCAACUCUUAUACAAGCAGGAGCAAGUACAUCUUCUAGCAUUUUCAUGGAAAUACUGCGAAUACUGGUUUUGAUUGGUCAAAUUCUCUUUUCACUAGCAGCUGUUUUUCUUUUAUGUCUUGUUAUGAAGACUUACUUAAUAGGACCAUAUUAUCGAAAGCUGCAUAUGGAAAGCAAAGGGAACAAAGAAAUCCUAAUUUUAGGAAUAACUGCUUUCAUCUUUUUAAUGUUAACGGUCACAGAGCUGUUAGAUGUUUCUAUGGAGCUGGGCUGUUUCUUGGCUGGAGCACUGAUCUCUUCUCAAGGUCACAUGGUUACUGAAGAAAUUAUGUCUUACAUUGAACCUAUUCGUGAUUUUUUGGCUAUCAUUUUCUUUGCAUCAAUAGGGCUUCAUGUGUUCCCUACUUUUGUAAUAUAUGAACUCACUGUCUUGAUGUUCCUGACUUUGUCAGUGGUGAUCAUGAAGUUUGUUUUGGCAGCACUCGUCUUAUCUCUCAUUUUGCCAAAGAGCAGCCAGUAUAUCAAAUGGAUUGUGUCCGCUGGGCUGGCCCAAGUCAGUGAGUUUUCUUUUGUUCUGGGAAGUAGAGCACGAAGAGCGGGAAUCAUUUCUCGGGAGGUUUACCUCCUUAUAUUAAGUGUGACUACUCUUAGUCUUUUACUUGCUCCAGUAUUGUGGAAAGCUGCAAUUAUGAAAUGUGUACCAAGACCAGAAAGACGAUCAAGUAUCUGA